AUGCCGAUGGAGCCCGACCUGUACCGCGCCCUCCGCGCGAGGGACAUUCGGCGUGUCCGCGAGUGCCUUCGGGACUGGGGCAACGAGAGCAAGAGGGUCUGGUGGGGGCCAGGCGGUGCGGGGAGUGCGGCUCUCACCCCUCUACACGUGGCGAGCAAGGGCUCGAGCCAGGACAUCCUGAGGGAGCUCCUCAAGCACCCCGAGAUCGGCCGCAGCAUCAACACCUUCACCGACAAAACGAAUGUCACCCCCCUACACGAAGCCGCGGGCUCCUCCUCCCCGGAAGUCAUCCGCCUCCUCCUCGACGCGGGCGCCGACAUAUCCUCCCCGUCGGGCGACCUCUCCACCGCCUUCCACAUCGCCUGCUCCCGCGGGAGGCUCGAGACGUGCGUCGAGCUCCUCCGGCGAGGGUCGUCGCUCGAGGGUCGCGACGGCGAGGGCAUGACCCCUCUCCUUCGGGCGGCCGCCAACGGCCGCGCCGACGUGACGGAGUGGCUGCUGAGGGAGGGGGCCGACCCGGCCGCCGUCGACGCCAACAGCAACACCGCGCUCGCGCUGAGCUGCCGCGCCACGGGCCGGCUGGACGCCGCCAAAGCCCUGCUGGACGGCGGGGCAGACGUGUUGGUGGAGAACUCGGACGGUUGCAGCUGCGUCUCGCUCGCGGCGAUCUCGGGGAGGACGGAGCUGCUGGACAUGAUGCUGGCGGCGAUGGCGAGCUCGGGCCAGCGCUUCAGGGACGGCGGCGGGGACAUGCUCUACGACGCCGUCGACCACGGGCUUGGCAAGGUAGCCAAGCUCCUCACCAACGUCCGCGGCCGGGAGCUCGGCGUCAACAUCAACCGCCCGAACCCGGACAAGACAGGGGACGACGCCGCUCCACGCGGCCUGCUUUCCGCGGGCACGAGCCGAUGGUCCGGUCCCUGCUCCAAGGGGAAGGCGGACGCGAACGUGAAGGACAACUUCGGCUGCUCCCCGAUAUACUACGGUUUCGUGAGAGGCAACGACGACAUCGUCAAGUUCAUGCUUUCGCACGGCGCGAGCCUCUUCCGCAUGGACUUCGACCAGGCCCUCCGCAUCGCGUGCUUCUACGGGAUGAUCUUGGAGGUCGAGUCUCUCCUCUGGAUGGAGGCCGACGCCUCCGCCGUGCUCUUCAACCACCGGGACCGCGGAACCGCCUUCCACCCCACAGUAAACCCGGCCGUUCGCGACGGAAUCAACGAGCUCCUGUCGGACAGCGACAGCGGGGCCGACGACAACGAAAAUGCCGACGGCGGGAGCAACCGCCGAAGCACCGGGGGCGGAGGAGGAGCCGCGGCGGCGGCGGCGCUGAGGGCCGCGAGAGAGGCUGCGGCGGCGUGGGGGGCAGGGGACGCCGGGUGCGCGUCCCCGUCUAAGACUAUGGCCUCCUCGGCGUCCACGAGCACCGGGUGGACGAGCGGGGCGGAGUCCUCUUCGUGCAGAGAUGGCGGCGGCGGGUACGGCGGGGGUUACCAGAGCAGCAGCGCGGCGAGCGACAUCGACAGCAGCGUUGGCGGGAGGGGGAGCGUGCGCCCGAGUUUCGGGCUUGGGCGAGAGGACCUCCCGAGCGAGAGCAGCGAGGAAGAGGACGACAUCGGCGCCGAUAAAGAUGAU